AUGAAUUCACGUGGGAAGGCUAUACAAAAUUUCUUCAAUGAUGAUUCUGAUGAUGAUGACCUUCAUCAACAGAGGGUUGCAAUGGCUAUUCAACACCAUACAUUUUUACUGGAGCAAUAUGCUCAACAAUCCAAACAUGGUGGUUCUGUUGCAGGCCGUGAAUACAAGAAUCAAAAGAGAGAAAAACAUCAUAAGAGUCUCAUGGAGGACUACUUCUGUGAAAGCCACUUUAUCCCUCAGUGGACUUUCGCAGGCGCUGUGUAUGGUCAGUGGUACCUCCAUUCCCCAAAUUCGGCCGAUCUUUACAGGCUCUUACACAAGGCUAGUCGCAGAGGAUUCCCAGGCAUGUUAAGCAGUCUUGACUGCAUGCAUUGGGAAUGGAAGAACUGCCCCACUACUUGGGCAGGCCAGUUUACUGGCUACGAGCAUAAGCCAACUGUCGUUCUAGAAGAAGUGGCCUCGUAUGACACUUGGAUAUGGCAUGCCUUUUUUGGCAUUGCCAGAUCGAACAACGAUAUAAACGUUCUUGCUUGUUCUCCGUUGUUCAAUGAUGUAGUGAAUGGAGUGUCUCCCCAUAUCCAAUAUGUUGUCAAUGGAAAUGAAUAUAAUCUGGGUUAUUACUUGGCUGAUGGUAUCUAUCCUCGUUGGGCUACAUUGGUUAAGAUGAUUUCCCAACCGGAUACUCCAAAAAAAAGACUAUUUGCCCAAAAACAAGAGGCUUAUAGGAAGGAUGUCGAAAGAGCCUUCGGAAUACUUCAGGCUCAAUGGGCAAUUGUUAGGGGACCUGCAUGUAUGUGGCGCAAAGAACAACUUCAUUCAAUCAUGAUGAUGUGCAUAAUAUUGCACAACAUGAUUGUUGAGGAUGAGUAUGAGGAUCUAGAUGCAGAAUCUGAUGAUGAAGACAAUUGUCCAUGA